AUGAGAAAGUUGAGUAGCUUUGAUGGUACUGCUGAUGAAAGAGACGGUGAGUUUCUUCGUCCUGUUGCAACUGUAGCUGUGAGAGAUGAUGAAAAUCAAGAGGAGCAGGUGAAGGUUGAACAGCCAGUUUGUAGAGAAGACAGAAGAGGUGGUGAUCAUCAUAGAUUAGGAAGAUAUGGUGCUGCUGAUGAAAGAGACGGUGAGUUUCUUCGUCCUGUUGCAAAACUGAGAAUACCAUGUGAAGAAGAACAGGUUGCAACUGUAGCUAUGAGAGAUGAUGAAAAUCAAGAGGAGCAGGCGAGGGUAAAUCUGUUAGCUAGUCCUCUGGUUGCACCUAUAGGGAUUCAGUUUAGUUCAGCUAGUGUUGGUGGUUGUUCCGGUAGAAAAAUGGUUCCCGUCUCAACCAGCGCUGACGUAAUGAGUGGUGGGUUACCAGACACAGAGAUGCUGAGGAAAAGGAUGGAGAAUAUUGCAGAAGCACAUGGUCUUGAAGGGGUUUCUACUGAGUGUGCUAAUACAAUGAAUGCUGUGCUGGAUGUUUAUCUGAAGAAGCUGAUCAAAUCGUGCGUUGAUUUGGUCGGAACUCGGUCCACUAAUGGAAUAGGAGAAGGUUUAGACAAGCGUCAGAGUCAGAAGAUGGUUAACAGUGUGCAAAUACAAACUCCUGACAGAAGACAAGAUGAGCAUUAUGUGUCUCUGGUUGAUUUUAGAACCGCCAUGGAGUUGAAUCCACAACAGCUUGGGGAAGACUGGCCAACACUCUUGGAGAGAAUCUCCAUACGGUCUUUGAGGAACACUGACUUCUGA